UCUUUGUAGCAGUCUACAACAGAAGCCUACAUAAUUACUGAUUUCAAUGGAAGCGUCGCACAGUAACUCUUCCGCCACCACCACCGCAACAGCCACCGCAAAUAAUCCAAAUUCAAGUGAUGAUCCAAUUUUGUCACCGUCUCCGGUGUGGCCAACAGUAGAUGGACCUUUAGGUCUAUCAGAGGAAGAAUCAUUAAAUUACGCUGGCAGAUUCUACAAGUUCGGAUAUGCAUUAUUGCCCUUGCUUUGGGCUGUUAAUUGCUUCUACUUCUGGCCCGUUCUCCGCCAUUCUCGCUCUUUCCCUCGGAUUCGUCCCUAUGUCGUCAGAUCAGCAAUUGGGUUCACAGCAUUCUCAGUUCUUCUUUGCUCAUGGGCCAUGACAUUUGCUAUUGGAGGGGAGAAACUUUUUGGCCCUGUUUGGGAUAAACUUGUUAUGUACAAUGUCGCCGACCAACUAGGCUUGACAGGCUGGAUAUAGUCAUACGACUGUUUUGAAAACUAAAAGCUGUGACGAUAUUCAAUUGCCUUGUUUUAGUUGUCUUUCUUGUACCGCCUUGAUCAUGGGGAUUUUGAAGACAUCUAGUGUAUUCUGUAACUAAAGAGCUAUAUUGAUCACUCAUUUAUCUGAAGCAUCUUUUCCUC